CCUGAUGAGCGACAAAGAGUUGAAAAUUAGCGGAGAAGGGAAGGUGGUGUGUGUAACAGGAGCUUCAGGUUACAUAGCUUCAUGGCUGGUCAAGCUCUUGCUUCAACGUGGCUACACUGUCAAAGCCUCCCUUCGUGACUCAAACAAUCCAAAGAAAACGGAACACUUGGUUUCCCUUGAGGGGGCCAAGGAAAGGCUUCAUUUGUAUAAAGCAGAUUUAUUGGAAGAAGGAUCCUUUGAUGCUGUUGUUGAUGGAUGUGAAUGUGUUUUUCAUACUGCUUCCCCUGUGAAUCUCUCUCCCACUGAUCCACAGGCAGAAUUGAUUGACCCUGCAGUGAAGGGAACACUAAACGUUUUGAGGUCAUGCACAAAUGUUGCUUCUCUGAGGAGGGUGGUUUUAACAUCUUCCGUGGCUUCGGUUUCGUACAAUGGGAAAGCUCUGACGCCAGAUGUGGUUGUUGAUGAGACAUGGUUUUCAGAUCCUGUUUUCUGUGAGAAAUCAAAGUUUUGGUAUAUGCUGUCAAAAACCUUAGCUGAAGAGGCUGCUUGGGAAUUUGCAAAAGAGAACGGGAUUGACUUGGUCGCAAUAAAUCCAGGACUUGUGAUUGGCCCUUUGUUACAGCCAACUCUUAAUCUGACGGUGGAAAUGCUUCUAAAUCACAUAAACGGGGCUCAAACGUUCCCCAAUAAAGUGAAUAUGUAUGUUGAUGUUAGAGAUGUGGCAUUAGCACAUAUUCAAGCAUUUGAAGUUACUUCAGCCAGUGGAAGAUAUUGUUUAGUUGGACAUGUUGUGCACAUUUCUGAGGCCCUCGGCAUUAUAAAACAACUCUACCCAACUCUAAGCAUUCCUGGAAAAUGUGAAGAUGACAAGCCUCUCCUGCCGAAACACCAAGUAUCAAAGGAGAAAGCAAAAAGUUUGUGUCCUAACUUUACCCCUUUGGAAGUGAGUCUAAAGGACACUGUUGAAAGUCUGAAGAGGAAGGGUUUUCUCAACUUUUAAUUGUGAUUGUAUUAUCUUUAUAGAUUUAGUGUGACUUGUGAUGAAUGAAAGUUUUUCCGAAAUGAAGCAUUUGUAUCCUUUCUGUUCCACUUGCUCCGACCUUAUAUUGUAAUUUGUUAAUUGGUUAAGAGUGGUUAUCAGUGCGGCGAUUCAAAUUUCUCCACUCUAACUAGCUAGCUCAUAUGUCAGUUUAUUGUUGUAAUAUAAAGAGAUUUCAGGACAAAUAGCCUUU